CCUAGCGCCACUCCCGGCUUGAAGAUCUCCCCUGACGCAACGUGCGGUGGAAAGACUGGAUACACCUGUCUUGGCUCGAAGUUCGGGAACUGCUGUAGUCAGUAUGGCUGGUGUGGAACCACCACUGCCUACUGCGGAGCUGGCUGCCAGACCAAGUCCGGUACUUGU